GGGCGCGAUGGCAGUGCGGGUGACGGCCGCGCAUACGGCAGAAGCCCGGGCCGAAGCCGGGCGGGACGCGGGCGAGGGCGGGGUCGCGGCGGCGGCGACGGCCUUAGCCCCCGGCGGCUUCCUCGGCCUGCCGGCCCCCUUUAGCGAGGAAGGUAACAGGGCCGGCCGGGGCCGGGGUGGGGGCGGCGCAGCCCGGGCUGACGGAGGCCCCGAUGGCCUGAGCUGUGAGCGCGACGAACUGUCCCAGACCCCGGUUCCUUGCGGACCUCACGGGUCCCCACGGGGUCCCUCAGAACCUUCCACGAGCCCCCAGCCCCGGUUUCCUCAGACCCUCGGGCCUCUACUGCGAAGCGUCUACCACCCCCGUGGGCCCUGGUGCCCAUUCCCGGAUACUCACAGGUGCCCAAGACUUCGGGGCUGACCACGUAGACCUCCGCGAACGCCUCCCCCGCUAGCCCUGCCCGCUCAGGCCCGCGGCCUAGCCCUCUUGCCUCCGUGACGGGGCAUGGGCUGCCCUGCUCUGGGCCCCCUCCCACUGCACCUGACGGGCCCCGGCCGGGGUGUGGCUGGAGGCUCCAAGAGGGCGGGGCUCGGGGCUCCAGGCUCGGGGCUCUGGGCCCGCCCUUAGGGGCAGCGGAGCCCAGCGGCGGACAGCAGGUGCACUGCAGCGGACGUGAGGGCUCUGUCCCAGACCUGCCUCGUUUCACCUGCGUGAUACCGGCCUGGUGACCACACACCUCUCUGAGCCUUCAUUUCCUUUUUCGAAGUGGAGAUGCUGCCGAUAAUGUAUCAAGCACUUACCUGGCAUCAGCUUUUUUCAUCCUCAGACCAAUCCCGGAUGCUAUUACGAUUAUGAUUAUUAUUCCCAUUUUGUGGGUGAGCAAAAUUGAGGUUCAAAGAUAUGAACUUGUCCAGGUCAGCCAGCUAACUGGAUUGGAUUACAGGACUGGUGAUUCCUCAGUCCACUCCCUUAACUUUGGGGUUCUGCUGGUGAGGAUGGAAACAGAGCAGGUAGGCAAACUGCGGAGACUGGAGCUGGGGCCACACUGAGAACUCAUUCACAGGAGCACCGAGCUCUUUUCGAGACAACUCGGGUCUCUGCUUUCUAAGCUUGUCUCAUGAGGCUGUAGACAGGAGGGGGUAGGCAAGUGAUAUGAGGGUGCUAGUCUUUGUCCCCACAGGAUUCGUAGUCUCUGCAUUUUUUUUUCUUGCUCCUCAUUCCAGCUUGGGGAGGGGCAGAACCAAUGGGGCGGAGUCAACUUGAAAAGGUCUCUUUUUGGAGGAGGUUGCCCUGCCCUUGUGGGCUUGCCGGCGGCCUGUCUCAGUGUUACAUGGACCAGGUGUGUCCCCUUCUGUGGUGAGGGUUCCUAAAACAGCAUCACUCAGGCUUGGUGAGUGAGGUGGGAGGGUUAAGAGAGUGGUGGUCAUCUCAGUGCUUGGCUUGUGACUGCGAGCCAUCUGGAGGGGACUGGCGUCAGUUUUUAUCAUCCUCUGUCAGGUGGCCUUCUGUGGGUGAAUCAUGGCUGUGGUUUGGCCCUUCACUCAUUAAUUCAACAGACUUUGAUCGGGCUUCCUCUGUGCACCAACCUGGGUUUGACCUUGAUGUAGGGCUGCACAUGAGGUGGCGGGAGCUGGCAGACUUUAAUGGAAGCAGAAGGAACAUCCUCCAUCCCUCUGUGCAAACAGCAGAGCAUCUGGAGUGGACCCUCAGGCUCAGGUUCUGGUUCCAACACUUACCAGCUGGGUGGCCUUGAAUCUCAAGUCAUUUUUCUAGAAUGGGAAUGGUCAUCUCCAUUUCACCGGGGUGCUGGCUGGCUUCAGGGAUAUCCCCAGUGAGGUGCCUGGCAUGCAGUGGGACUCAGUGAGCAGGAAGCUGCUCCCGCAGGACCUGGGGCAGGUGCUGGCAGGUCAGCCUAGGUGGUGAGGGGCUCAGGUGCAGUGGGCCUGGGGUGUAGAGCCUCUUGGAGAAGAUCCACCCUGGCCUCCUCACUGGGGAUGUGCUGCCUGCGGGAACCAAUGAAACCCCAAGUCAGAGUGAGAAAGAGUGGUCCUGGCUCUCCUGUUUGCUGAGGGCAGGCCGAGAGGCUGUGGGCGGCAGCCCACUGAUGCCGUUGUAAUCUGCACACACGCACCAGGCUGGCCCACUGCACAGAUGAGGAAAUGGACCCAAACGUGGUCACCAAGACGCCUAAAGGCAUGUGCAAGCCUAGUAGUCUUACCCCUGAUCUUUCACCACCUCCAAACUGGCUUGGGCAGAUCCCUGCAUCUCCCAGCCGCUCCCGUGGCCUCCAUCCCCUCAUCUGAGGUGGGGGCUCUGGGCACGACAGCCUCAGGCCACCCCAGCGGCUCAAGUGUACAGUUGGGGCCACCCCUGCUGGAUGCUCCCCUCCCUGGGGUGGGUGCCACUUCUGCAGAUCUCUGGAGGAUGGGGCUGGCAGUCUGGCCCCUGAGAGUGUUCUUAGCCCAUCUGGGAGAGCAGAGGAAGGUGCCUCUGGUUCUGAUGCCACCCUUGGGUGGGUUUGGUCUGAGGCUGGAGGCCCUGCUAAGCCCCGCUGACCACAGGCUCAUUGCAGAUGAAGAUGACGUGCACAGAUGUGGCCGCUGCCAGACGGAGUUCACGGCCUUGGAGGACUUUGUUCAGCACAAGCUCCAGAAGGUCUGCCAGAGGGCCCCUCAAGAGGCCUUGCCCGCCACACCUGCCACGGCUGCGCUGCUGGGCCGGGAGGUGGUGCCAGCGGCGACGGCAGGUCCGGAAGAGCCCAUCACUGUGGCCCACAUCGUGGUGAAGGCGGCUGCUCUAACGGCAGACAUCAGCCACGCGCCCGAUGUUGUCGGCAGUGGACGCAUCAAAGAAGUCAUUGCAGCUGCUGAGGCAGAGCCGGGGGACAGCAAGAUGGCAGAGGCCCCAGGCAGCUCCAGCGGCCAGGGGCCCAGGCUCACUGGGGAGGGUGAGCAGUCACAGGUCAAGCUGCUGGUGAACAAGGAAGGCCGCUACGUGUGCCUGCUCUGCCACAAGACCUUCAAGACGGGCAGCAUCCUCAAGGCCCACAUGGUCACCCACAGUAGCCGCAAGGACCACAAGUGCAAGUUGUGCGGGGCCUCCUUCCGGACCAAGGGCUCACUCAUCAGGCACCACCGGAGGCACACAGACGAGCGCCCCUAUAAGUGUGCCAAGUGUGGGAAGAGCUUCCGGGAGUCAGGUGCACUGACCCGGCACCUCAAGUCUCUGACUCCGUGCACAGAAAAAAUCCGCUUCAGCAUGAGCAAGGAUGUGGUUGUUGGCAAAGAGGACCCAUCUGCAGGGUCUGGCGCCUCCACUGUGGGGACUGUUACGUCGUCAUCGGUCACAGGAGAGCCCAUGGAGACAUCCCCUGUGAUUCACCUGGUGACAGAUGCCAAGGGCACCGUCAUCCAUGAAGUUCAUGUCCAGAUGCAAGAGCUUCCCCUGGGCAUGAAAGCCCUGGCCCCAGAGUCUCUGGGCCCCGAAGAGCUUCCCUGUCCCAGCGAGGGCAGCCGUGAGAACCUGCUGCGCCAGGCCAUGCAGAACUCUGGCAUUGUCCUCGAGCGUGUCACUGGGGAGGAGGGGGCUCUGGAGCCAGCCCCUCCCACUUCAUCCAGUCCCCGGCCCCUGGGAGACGGCCCUCCAGAGCUGCCGCUGCUGGAGGUGGACACACAGGUGGCCAGUGAGGCCUCAUCUGUGCCCAGGACCCACCUGUGCCCUCAGUGCAGUGAGACCUUCCCCACGGCAGCCACCCUGGAGGCCCACAAAAGGGGCCACGCAGGGCCACGGCCGUUCCCCUGCGUGCAGUGUGGCAAGGCCUUCCCCAAGGCCUACCUGCUCAAGAAGCACCAGGAGGUGCACGUGCGCGAGCGCCGCUUCCGCUGCGGGGACUGUGGGAAGCUCUACAAGACCAUCGCCCACGUCCGCGGCCACCGGCGCGUGCAUUCCGACGAGCGGCCCUAUCCCUGCCCCGAGUGCGGCAAGUGCUAUAAGACCAAGAACGCCCAGCAGGUGCACUUCCGGACGCACCUGGAGGAGAAGCCACACGUGUGCCCGUUUUGCAGCCGAGGCUUCCGGGAGAAGGGUUCGCUGGUGCGGCACGUACGGCAUCACACUGGCGAGAAGCCCUUCAAGUGCUACAAGUGUGGCCGGGGCUUCGCUGAGCAUGGCACGCUCAACCGGCACCUGCGCACCAAAGGAGGCUGCCUGCUGGAGGUGGAGGAGUUGCUGGUGUCCGAGGAGAGCCCCACAACAGCUGCCACCGUCCUCUCUGAAGACCCUCACACCGUAUUGGUUGAGUUCUCAUCUGUGGUGGCUGACACCCAGGAGUACAUCAUUGAGGCCUCUGCGGAUGAUGCUGAGACCAGUGAAGCCACAGAGAUCAUUGAGGGCACCCAGACGGAGGUGGACAGCCACAUCAUGAAGGUGGUGCAGCAGAUCGUGCACCAGGCCAGUGCCGGGCACCAGAUCAUCGUACAGAAUGUGACCAUGGACCAGGAGGCGCGGCUGGGCCCCGAGGCGGCUGCUGCUGACACCAUCACCAUCGCCACCCCAGAGAGCCUGACAGAACAGGUGGCCAUGACUCUGGCCUCAGCCAUCAGCGAAGGCACUGUGCUCACAGCCCGUGCAGGCACCAGUGGUGCAGAGCAGGCCACCGUGACCAUGGUUUCAUCAGAGGACAUUGAGAUCCUGGAACAUGCAGGCGAGCUGGUCAUUGCCUCACCAGAGGGCCAGCUUGAGGUGCAGACAGUCAUUGUCUAGGAUGCACGCCUACAGGGGCCCAGUGGCCUGGGCAGGGCAGGGGUGGAGGCCUAUCUUAUUUAGAGAAGAUGGAGCACAGAAGCAGGCGUCCAUAGGAAGUGUGGGAGUGUAAAUACAGAGCUUUUGUCGCUUUACAAUAAAACAUGAAAACCUG